AUGAAAUUGUUCCUACUUUUAGUACUAAUUCUUUUAGUUUCUUAAGGAAGAAAAAUCAUUAAAAAACAUGUUAAGGGUGAAAGAUAUUCUAGAUAAUCUGAAUUUGAUUCAAAUUAAUAAAAUAAUGAUGAUUUCAUUGAUAAAUUUAGUGAAUCAGAAAUCUAAAUUUCAGAGCAUUUAUCAAUAGGAGAAGAUAUAAUUAACAUAAUAAAUUAACAAUCAAUUGAAUAUGAAAAUUAAGUUCAAAAUCCAAAUACAGAUUAACAAUAAUAAGAAAAAUAAUAAUAAUAAUAAGAUGAUAUAACAUAAUCAUAAGAAAUUAUAUAUGAACAAUCAGAUCAAGUAGAUCUUGAAUCAGUUGAAUUUGACUAAUUACUAUAAUCGUUAGCAAGUGAUGGUCAUGACUUCGAUAUUGAAAUACCUAUCAUUAAAAAAGAUGUUAUAUAAAAUAAUAUAAAUUAAGAAUAAAUUGAUACAAAACCUGAAGAAUUAAUUUAAGAUCAAUAGAAUGAUUAAUAAAAUAGCGAUUAAAUUGAAUAGACUAAUUAUGAAAUUGAUUAAAAUACUAUUCAUUCUAUUGAUAUUGAAGAACCAACCUAAUAAUAAGAUGAAUUAAAAUAAUCUGAAUAGAUAUAAAUAUUGUAAGAAUAAUAAGAAUAAUUGUAAUAAUAAGAAUAAUAAGAAUAAUAAUAAUAAGAAUAAUAGGAAUAGGAAUAAAAUUAAUAGUAAUAAUAAGAAUAAGAAUAAUAAUAAGAAUAAUAAUAAUAAUAAGAAUAAUAAGAUAUUGAAAUUCCUAUUUAAAUAGAUUAGAUCAAUUUAAAUGAUUAGUCAUAAUCUAUAGAUAUCAAUAAUUAAGAUGAUUCAGUAUCGAAGGAGCAAGAUUAAUAGAAUUAAACUUAAGAAAAUGAGGUGCUUGUAAUAUAAUAGACUGAAUCUGUAUUAGAUAAUUAAAUUGAUGAUAUAUCUAUAAUCUAAUAAAACGACAAUUAUUUAGAAUAAUAGAAAAUAGAGGAUCUUGAGCAAGUUGUUAAUUAAUCUUUAGAUAUUGAUAAGGAUAAAUCAAAUAAUGAUUAAAUUAUCAAUCAUUAAGAUGCCGAAUAAGAAAUUGAAUAAAUUUAUAUUGAAAAUACUUAAGAAUAUUCAUAAUAAGCUGAUGAUCAAUCAACAAUAUUAAAUAAUGAACAAAUUUAAGAUAACAAUCCUGAAAAUCUAGAAUAAAUAAUAAAUAAAGAUCAUGAAGAUAAUUUGCAAUAACAAAAUGAAACAUUAGAAGAUAAUAUAUAUAAUACUGAAACUAUAUAAGAAAAUAAUGUAUAAUAAUUAGAAAAUUAAGAAAGUGAUCCAAUAAUUGAAAAUAAUGAUAACAUUCAAAACUAAGAUAAUAAUUAAUAAUUAUAAUAAGAUUAAACAUAAAUAAAUGAAGAAAUAAUAACUAGUUUAGAUGACUAAUAAAUUUAAUAAUAAGAACAAAUAUUAAAUCAAAAUUAAGAUUAAGAAAUUAAUGAAAAUGUUUAAUAAACUCCAGAAUAAACACUUAGAGAUGAAAAUUAAGAUUAAAUUCCAGAAAUUUAAGUAUAAGAUUAAUUAAAUGAAAAUUAAAUUAAUAAUAAUGUUUAAAAUGAAGAUUAAAUAUAAACAGAAUAAAUAUAAGAUUAAGAGAAUAUUUUGAUUGAUCCUCAUGCAAAAGAAUAUGAUAUACAUAAUGGGCAUUUAAAUCAUGAUCAUAAUCAUGACCAUGAUCAUAAUCACUAUAAUCAUGAUCACUAUAAUCAUAAUCAUGAUGAACAUAUUCAUGAUGAUACAUUCAAUAAUUAAAAUAAUAAUCAACCUAAUGAUCCAAAUAGUUCAAAAUCAUAAUAACCCUCUUGUUCAUUCGAUGAUAAAUUAUCAUGUUCAGGAAAUAGUAAUACAUAAUUUAGUACUGGAAUAGAGACAGAAAGUUAUCCAUAAAAUUAAGAAUAAUUAUUAUAAUACCUUCUAACUCAUUCCUAUUUAUAAUAUUAUACUAAUUAUCCUAUGUAUUUUAUUGGAAUUUUGGCUAAUGUUUUUCUAUUUUCUUUAGUGAUUUUAAAAAAUGUUUUAACUAAAAAAUAAACUCCAUAUUCAGUAAUAUUUAUCCAUUUAUCUUUUAGACAUAAAUUAUUGAUGAAUAAUAUAAUGAAGUCAAUGUAGAUAAUUCAUAAAUUUAAUUUUAAAUUAAUUAAUUAGAUAAUACAUUAUAAGAUAUAAAUACAAAAUUAGAUACUCUAUCAAAAUCUUACCUUAAAAUGUAAAAGGAUCAUUAAUUGAUUAAUUAAAGUAUUUAAUUCUUAAUAUUAAUAGUUAUAAAUGACCUUUAAACAAAAGUAUUAGCUAAUUUGGAAAAAAGAAAACUAAAAGAAUCUUGUAAAUCUCUUAAUGAAAGUAAUGAAGAUGAUGCAGGUGUCAGAUAAAAAAGAACAUAAACUCAGGUAAAACCUCGAUAACGACCAACAACACCAAUUUAAAGAUAAUAUUGA